GAAAACUCUUUACCAUCAGCUGAGCCGUAUGCUAAACAUCUAUGUGAAAGAUAUGCGUUUUGCGCAGGACGUAGAAUGCAACUCUUGUGUAAACACCCCUUACUCGUGUAAGUCCUGAAUAAGGAUACAACGUGUCUCUGCUAUCGAGUUCUCUAUAAGGGAUUCGAUCUAGUGUAAAAAGAGCCUAAAAAUAUGUUAGGUUAUACAAUCGAGAUUUCUUAACUGCACGAUUCUUUAUAAUUUCAACAAAUUUGUCUUACCAUAAGACCAUAUGCAAAUGUUCUAAUGCUUCAAUGUGAAUCUCUAUUUUAACCUUAGUCUCAAGCAUAGUUGGAGUGUUGGAUAUCUUUUCAAUCCAAAGUCAAUUUGUGAGAUUAGAGUUGUUAAAGUUCUAUUUAAUAAUUGUAGAUAUAAAACUGAGUUUUUUGUAUAACGGAAGACCCAUUUGGAGAGCAUUCUACAUAUCGAAUUGGUUUGAUAGAGAUAUGAUGUCCAUCGGUCGUAGAGUUGGUUUUGCUGAUAUGACAGCAAUGUCAGAAAUUGAUGAAAUUGGAAUUAACCAAAAUCUAAACGUUCGAUACAACAGUGACAUAAUAUACACUUAUACCGGAUCUAUUCUUCUAGCUGUAAAUCCUUAUAAAACCAUUAAUAUAUUUAACAAGCAAACAAUUUCUGAAUAUCAUAUGUGCAAGCUUGGAGAUUUAUCGCCGCAUGUGUUUGCUGUAGCCGAAGCAGCUUAUACCAGCAUUGUCGAUGAUAAUAUUAAUCAGGCAUGUGUUAUAUCUGGUGAAUCUGGAGCUGGGAAAACAGAGAGUACCAAAUUUAUACUGCAGUACUUAUGCACAAUUACUUCAAACGUUUCAUCCUGGGUACAGCAACAGAUUUUAGAGGCCAACACUAUUUUGGAAGCAUUUGGAAAUGCCAAAACAACAAGAAACGAUAACAGUUCUAGAUUUGGUAAAUUUAUGCAAGUUUGCUUCGACGACAACAACUGUAUUAAAGGAUGCGUAAUUCUUGAUUACCUGCUCGAACAAUCUCGGAUAACAUUUCAAAGUGUAGGGGAACGAAACUAUCAUAUUAUGUAUCAAUUAGUAGCUCAGGGCCAAAAAAAUAUUGGCAUAGCAAAAUCCUUUCAUCUAAGGCCACCUGAGUUUUACAAAUAUCUAAAUACAUCCAAUUCUGAAAAAAUAAAUAUGAACAUAGAGUCAAAGAAGUUUGAUGCCGUAACCAUGGCGUUUACGGUUUUACAAAUUCCCCAAUUCGUUAUAGAUGGCGUUUUUAAAGUUCUCAGUUCCAUUUUGUGGCUAGGUAAUAUAGAGUUUAUAGACGUGGAUGGAGAAGUCACCGACUUUUCAAGAUCGGACCAAGAAGCGAUAUCGAUUAUAUCAAACCUUUUGGGACUAAGUCGAUGUGAUUUUAAAAACGUUUUAUUAAUUCGCCAAAUAAAUGUUCGAGGAAAUAUUACGGAAAUUCCUUUAAAAAUAAAAGAGGCUUUGGAAAAUCGACAUGCUUUGGCAAAAGCAUUGUACUCAAAAACGUUUACAUGGCUGGUUUCGAAAAUAAAUAACUGUACAAAUCCAGGACAAGAUGACGCUAAAUUUCUUGGAGUUCUCGAUAUAUUUGGAUUUGAAAAUUUUUCUCAUAACUCAUUUGAGCAACUAUGCAUUAACUAUACCAACGAAAAGCUUCAUAAGUUUUUUAACCAUUAUGUUUUCGCCUUAGAGCAAUCAAUCUAUGAACAUGAAGGAAUACACUUUAAUCAUGUGGAGUUUACAGAUAACACUCCUUGCUUGGAAUUACUAGAAAAACCUCCGCGAUGUGUGUUCAAGCUACUGACAGAACAGUGUCAUAUGCCAAAAGGGUCUGAUUCGGCCUUUUUAAGUAAUAUGCACACUGAGUUCGAGUCACACCUAAAUUACAUUAAAGGAUCUGAUCGCCGUCAUUGGAAAACCGAGUUUGGAAUAAAACAUUAUGCAGGUCUUGUAAUCUACGCUGUGGGCGGAUUUGUGGAAAAAAAUCGAGAUGUACAACAAGAUGUAAUGUUUGAAUACAUGAGCUGCAGCAAGGACGUGUUUAUAAAAGAUUUAUCAAAAUACCAGGAUAUCCAAUUCAUUAAUUCAAGUUAUCCACGAGGAUCAUCGAAAUCAAAAUGUACUGUAAGCGAUAAUUUUCGCCAUCAGUUACAGUCCCUUAUAGAUGUUCUCCAAAAUACAAAGCCUUGGUACGUUCGUUGUAUAAAACCUAAUUUGCAAAAGCGACCAAAUAACUACAACAGCUCUUUAGUUCUCGAUCAACUAAAAUAUCUUGGAGUUGUGGAUAUUAUUCGAAUAAGAAGAGAAGGAUUUCCAAUACACUUUAGUCAUGAAGACUUUGAAGUUAAAUAUAAAUGUCUUAUCAAGAAUAAAUCAUUUGAACAUCCACAAAAAUAUUUAACGAAUAUUUUGGAAAAAAGCGGCAUGCCUCCUACUGAAUGGCAAAUAGGAAAAACUAAAAUAUUUUUGCGCAAUGCGGCAUAUGAACUGUUGGAGACUAAUCGAAAAGAUAAAAUUUAUAAAAAUGCCGUUAUUAUUCAAAAAAUCUGGAAAAGAUACUAUUGCCAAAAAUCGUUUUUACGCAAUAAACAAGCUGUUCUGAGAAUACAGCAUGCGUAUAGGGGCUGGAGAUUAAAAAUUCGUUUUAUGAGAAUGCGGCGUAGUGCUAUUGUCAUUCAAAGUCGACUCCGCGGAGUUUUUGCUAGAGAGGUAGCAGCGGCAUUAAAAGAAAUGAAGCGCGUUGAUGAAGAAUUAAAAAAGAGUGAUGGAAUCUAUGAGCAAUUAACCAGCAUCAACACAAAAACUUUUGCUGAUUGUGAGAGAUUAAUACAAGAAGAACUAAGUGUGCUGGCUCAUAUUUCAGAUAACAUUCGCGCCUCACCUAAGCCACAUUCCGAUAAGAAUGAUUUUGAAAGCAAUACUGCGAGAGCUUCAGUUCAACAGGACACCGUUAACCUAGACAAUAUGUUUGCUUUUUUAUGCGAAUCAAAGGGAUCAUUUGAUAAUGCACUUAUUAAAGAAAUAAAUGACAACUGGGACAACUUGGUUAAAAAUCUUGACGAAAUAGAAUUGUGUAUACACACCGAAGACAGUUUUGAUAGCCAAGAAACGGGAAAAAUUUUUACAACUAAGUACGUCCGGACGCUUCCAGAACCAACUGUACCGCCCCCACCACCACCGGUAUCUAUAAGCGCGAAUUUAAAUUCUGAGCCAAUAUAUGAGGCAAUAAACUUAUACAAGCUAACAACAAAAAAAGAAAUAAAAAAAGAAAAGUAUAUGUUACUUGAUUACAAAAGCAUUAAGGAUAACAGUAAAAAGCCUUCUUCUUCUUCUGUUUUUGUAAAAUAUCAAAUUGAUGAACGUGAGAAUAGACGAAAACAAAGAGUGGAAAAAAAAAUUCACGAACUAACAUUAAUUGAUAUUCACAAAGAUAUUCACAUCGAUGAUUCAUUUUACAAUAUUUUGGAAUUCGCGGAAAACUAUUUUAAUACUCAUGACCUUUCAAGUGAUUGUAACACUACACAAAUGGGAAAAUGUUCUGAUAUAACGGCAAAACACGAGAUGACAAUGUUUUCUAAGUCAGACAAAAUUCCAACGUCGCAUAUACACAUGUAUGAUCCUGAGAAUGUUGUAUUGUCGUGCAGCAUGUUUCGGGAACUCUGUAAAUAUAUGCGUGGUGAACUUAAUGCAGAGCGUGAACUGCAGAUUAUUCAGUAUAUUGUUGGAUUGGGCAUUGAAAGGGAGGAAUUACGAGACGAAAUAUUCAUUCAAUGCAUUCGUCAAUCAAGACACAACCCAAAUAUUGAUUGGACAGACCGAAUUUGGAUAAUUUUGUGUCUUUCCAUUGUAGCUUUUCAGCCGAGUAAACUUUUAUUCAGAUAUUUCGUUUCCUUUAUAAAAAAAAGUAUGAUUGAUUUAGAUGGAAAGCUGCGGCAAUACUCACAAUGGUGCUUUGAUAACUGCAAAAGUACCAAAGUAUCAACACGGAUGUAUCCCCCAUCAAGUGUCGAAGUUGCGACUCGGACUUCGGGAAACUAAAGGCACCA